AUGUAUAUCUUCUUUUUUUGUGGUGAGCUCUACCAGGAAAAUCACGAUCAUCUUUUGGAAGUCCCGGCCACUCGAGAGCAAUUAAACCACUACCGGAAUGUGGCUGAAAAUGCUCGAAGUGAACUUGCAGCAACUUUGGUCAAAUUUGAGUGUGCUCAGUCUGAGCUUCGAGACCUCCGGUCCAAGAUGCUUUCUAAAGAAGUCUCCUGUCAAGAGUUGAAAGCUGAAAUGGAAAGCUACAAGGAAAACAAUGCCAGAAAAUCAUCUCUGCUCACUUCCUUGAGAGACAGAGUUCAGGAGCUAGAAGAAGAAUCCACAGCACUCUCCACUGCUAAAAUCAGAACAGAAAUCACAGCUCACGCUGCAAUCAAUGAGAACCAGGAAUUAAAGAAGAAAGUUGUAGAACUAGAUGAAAAAUUACAAAAGUGUUCAAAAGAAAAUGAGGAAAAUAAGAAACAAGUCUCAAAGAAUUCCAGAAAACAUGAGGAAUUUCUAAAUCAACUUCGUGACUGUCUGGAUCCAGAUGAGAAGACCAAAAAGGCAUCAGAUGAAGAUUUAAUUUUAAAGCUUAGAGAGCUGUGCAAGGAAAACACAUUUGUGAAAGGACAAAUUGCUGCUCUUGAAGAGACUGUAAAUGUCCAUGAGAUGGAAGCAAAAGCUAGCAGAGAGACGAUCAUGAGGCUGGCUUCAGAAUCAGAAGUCGAUAGAGAGCAGAAGCGCGCUGCCUCCUGUGUGGAGGAGAGAGACAAGACCAACCAGGACUUGCUCAGUGCUUUAGAAGCAAAAGCAGCUCUCGAAAGGGAAGUUAAGGUCUUCCGAGAAAGGCUGCUUGCUGGCCAGCGGGUCUGGGAGGCCUCGAAGCAGGAGCUGAGCCUACUGAAGCAAAGCUCUUGUGAGCUGGAGAAGAGUCUGAAGGCCAGUCUGGAUACAGCCACGGCCUCGCAAAGUCAGCACUCCUCAUUCAGGGAGAAAAUUGCAGCCCUCCUUAGCAGCGGAUCAAGCUUGACUGAGUCCACCGAGGAUGCCAUUUUGGAGAAGAUUCGAGAAAUGGGCAACCAGGAAGAAAGCAGGAACGGGAUGGUCUCCCAGCUUGAAGCCCAAAUAUCGGAGCUUGUUGAACAGUUGGAAAAGGAGUCUGGGUUUCACCAGAAAGCUCUCCAGAGAGCCCAGAAAGCAGAGAACAAGUUGGAGACCCUUCAGGGUCAGCUCACAUACCUGGAGGGAGAGCUGGUUUCUGGAGAUGUUUUGCUAGACAACUUGAAUUUGGAGAAACAAAAAUAUCUUAAGUUUCUGGAUCAACUUUCAGAGAAAAUGAAAUUGGACCAGAUGGCUGCCGAACUUGGCUUUGACAUGCGCCUGGAUGUAGUUUUGGCUCGUGCGGAGCAGCUGGUCCGUCUAGAGAGCAAUGCAGUCAUUGAAAACAAGACCAUCGCACACAAUUUGCAGAGAAAGCUAAAGACUCAAAAAGAAAGACUGGAGAGUAAAGAACUGCACAUGAACCUUCUCCGGCAGAAAAUAGCCCAGCUGGAAGAAGAGAAGCAGGUGCGCACGGCCUUGGUGGUAGAGAGGGAUGAGGCCCAUCUGACCAUCAGGAAGAUGCAGAAGCAGGUGGAGAGGCUGCAGAAGCAGCUGAGCGCGAGUCGAGAAUCGAACACUGAACUCAAAGCCAGACUGGCUGACACCAAUGAACUGAAGAUUAAAACUUUGGAACAGACUAAAGCCAUUGAAGAUCUAAGUAAAUCCAGAGACAAGCUGGAGAAAAUGAAGGAGAAAGCUGAGAAAAAGCUAAUGUCUGUCAAGUCAGAACUGGAUACUACAGAACAUGAGGCUAAGGAGAAUAAAGAAAGGGCCAAAAACAUGAUUGAAGUGGUAACCAGUGAAAUGAAGACACUAAAAAAAUCUCUGGAAGAAGCAGAAAAGAGAGAAAAACAGCUGGUAGACUUCAGGGAGGUGGUGUCCCAGAUGCUAGGCUUGAACAUGACCAGUCUUGCUCUUCCUGACUACGAAAUCAUCAAGUGUCUUGAAAGACUGAUCCAUUCAUAUCAUCAUCACUUCGUCACCUGUGCCUGCCUCAAAGAUGUGACCACCAGGCAAGAUAGGCAUCCACAAGGCCACUUACAACUUCUUCAUUGAAUACUGUGUCUCUUGAGGAAGGUGAUGCUAGAGAUGGGACACAACUCUCAAUUUCACAAAUUCCCUGUAUUUUUGCAAUUUGAUCAAUGUGUGAAUACCGUGUACUUUGAUGAUAGAGAGAGAAUGCAUCAUUGGCAGAUAAAACGGGUCUCAAGGGUGCUAGCUGUAGAUAAAUGUUCGGCACUAGGAACUCCUGUUAUUUCAUUUAGCAGC